UACCUGACGUGUCUAAACAAAUGCAUGUUGCACACUUCGGUGAGGUGUGUUCUGUGUAAAACGAAAACGAAACGGAUAGAUAGAGCCUAUAAAAGGAAGCUUGUUGAACUGAGCAGUGUGAGUAUCAGGCACAGCUGAGACAGCGACCACCGACCGAAGGAUGGGGCCUGCCUGCUUGUUUUCUAAAGCUUGAAUUGGAAACAGUUAAGUCAAGUGGAUUUCAGUCUUGGAACUGUCAUAUGAACAUACAAGACCAUGGAAAGACUGACUCCAACAACAGGGAGCAAAGGACCUAGCACAGGUCCCCCAGGUGCUAAUGUUGGCCAAAAUGAAAAUGCUAGUGGAAACAGCGGGAAACAAAGAAAAAGACGUGAAAGUAACCAAGCCAAAAGGGAUGAGACAGACGGAGGAGGAGUAGGUGUCGGGAUGCGUGGGAGAGGCCGAAGAAGAGGAAGAGGAGGACCGGACCCAGGAAGAGGGGGGGGAAGAGGUGCAGGAGGAGAAGGCAGGAAUGAGACAGAUGGUGGAGGAGGAGGGGAAGGGGGGAGAGGAAGAGGGGGAGCAGCAGGCAGGGGAAGAGUAGCAGAUGCAGGGAGAGGAAGAGGAGGGGCAGCAGAUGCAGGGAGAGGAAGAGGAGCAGCAGCAGAUGCAGGGAGACAGGGAGAAGGAGCCAGACUGGGAGUAGGAGGGAGGGGGAGAGGUGGAAAUGGAGGAGAAAGGGCAGAGAGAGGUGGGGUAAGAAGAAAUGGACAGCAAGGUGAAGCUGAAAGAGAAAGAGCUAGAAGGAGGAUGGCAGGAAUGGGUGCAAGCAGGGGAGGACAUAGUGUGGAUGGAAGAGGGGGUGAGAGAAGAGAUGUGGGCGACAGGCAAGAGAGAAAUGGAGGGAGAUCCAAUUCUACAGGCAGAGUCUGGGCACCGAAUGGUCAUAGAUUAGGCUAUAAAACAUUGGAAGAACUCUCUGGAGAAGAUCCCUCUGUAGUGGCCAUCACCCUUUCCUCUCACCCUGGCCUUCCUGAGGUCCUGCGCGAGACACAAAUGAGGCAGGACCUUGUCGAACUCCUCUGCCUGGUGCUGAGUAAAGCCUUCAAAGCACAUACAGAAAUAUGCACCCUGCAGCACCUGGCUGGAAUCAUAAAAGAUUCAGGGUUCUUCCGCAUCGUCCUGCCCUACUAUCUGGGGGGCAUGGGGUCAGAGUUCAACCGCGUCCGCAGGGCACAGUACCCACAGCACCUGGAAAACAUCCUGGCUAUUCUGUCAAAGGUCCUCAGCAUCUUUCCUGCUAGCUCUAUGCAGGCUGUGAGUUUGCUGCUGACGGUGCUCAAUGCCUCCAUCAACAGCCUGAGGGCAAAGGGAGUGGACAUCCGGCCUGAAACGGAGGAGAGCUUGAAGAGUUUACAGACCCUGGUCAAGCACCUCGAGGAGAGAUCCUCGCAGGGUACCCUGCGCUCAGACAAGGACACUUAUGCCCUCCUACCAACAAGAGGUGAAAACCCAGGUGAUGAAGAGCAGGAAGAUUUCCGGACCAUAUCCAUCUACCCAACCCCUGAGGAGUUCCAUCAGGAACACAGGCCCUUUCUUAGGCCCAACCUCACUUCUCAGCGCUACACAAACACCCACGUCUACCUUGACACGCACUUCCGGCUGCUGAGAGAGGACUUUGUGCGGCCACUCCGUGAGGGGAUCCAGCAAUUGCUUCGGGACAAAAUGGACAAGGGAAGAAGGGAUAAUUCACUAAAGACAAAGCGCUUUGAUGACAUCAGAGUGUAUUUGGACACAAAAGUGGUGGUACCCAGGUGCACAUCGAGUGGCCUUGCCUACAUAGUCCAGUUUGAUAUUAAGCCACUUAAGUUUGUGAUCUGGCAGAACUCCAAGAGGCUGAUCUACGGGUCCCUGGUCUGUCUGUCGUGUGAUAAUUUUGAGAGCUUCUUAUUUGCCACAGUGUCAGAUCGGGACCCACAACAGCUGCGUAAGGGACAGGUCCAGAUUGCCUUUACUGAAGAAAGCAGAUUGAAGUUGGCCAGCAUUGAGAAAGAUCAAUCGUUCCUGAUGAUUGAGACCACUGCCUACUUUGAGGCCUAUCGCUAUGUUCUAGAGGGCCUACAGGAACAGGAGGAGGACACACUGCCCUUUCAGAGGUACAUCGUGGAGUGCAGCACAGACGUGCAUCCCCCAGCUUAUCUGCAGAGAAGAGAUAUUUAUGACCUGUCAUCUGUUGCUCACCCUGAGCAUAAGGACGGUAUUAAGCCCUUCCACAGCCUGGAGGCACGGGCCUGGCCGAGCAUGGAGAAGCUGGGCCUGGAUGAGUCUCAGAUGAGAGCCUUCCAGCUGGCCCUCACAAAGGAGCUGACCAUCAUACAGGGACCUCCUGGCACUGGAAAAACCUACGUUGGCCUUAAGAUUGCUCAGGCUCUGUUGACAAAUCAGGAUCUUUGGAGAGACGGGGCUCCCAUGCUGGUAGUGUGUUACACUAAUCAUGCCCUGGAUCAGUUCCUUGAAGGCAUUCAUAAAUUUCUGCCAAAGGGGAUAGUGAGAGUAGGAGGCCGCAGCAACAGUGAGAUCCUGAAGCGUUUCAAUCUAAGGGAACUGGCCCGCUCACGUGACUUCAGACUGAAGCUGCCGUCCCAUCUGAGUCGAGCAUAUAAUCAGAUUUACAAGCAGCUGUGUGAGGAGGAGAGGGUGAUCCAGAGUCAAAGCAUGCAGCUGGAGUGUUCUCUGAAAGGCGUCCUGCGUGAAGUCUCCUUACGCAACUAUAUUUCACCCAGACACUGGGACGAUCUACAAAACCAACCACCAACACAGGAUGGUUUUGUGACCUAUGGUGAGAAGAAGUCCAGUCUGAUGAUGGAGUGGUUGGGUAUCGGUUCCACUUUCUUCCUGCAGAGGGAGACAGGGACUGCAGAUAGAAAUGAAGCAGAAGAGGAAGCGAUGGAACUGGAUGAGGAGGACGACCUCAUUGAAAUCGCAGAGGAAGCAGAACUGAUCCAGGCGGAGCGGAUUAUUGAUGACAACAUUGGUCCCAAAGGUGGUAGAGAUGGCAAAAAGAACGGAGAUAUGGAGGAGGCUCUCAGAGCGGUAGAGGACCUGAUGCUAGCUAUGAACCUGGAUAAAGCUGAAAUACAGGCUGAGCAGAGCGAGGAAGGAUGGGAGAUGCAACGGGCCCAGAAAAGAAAGCUGAAAAACAAAAUCAGAAAAGAGCUCAGGAAUAACUCGGUCAUGACUAAAGAAGAGGAAGAUGCUGUCAUGGAUAUUUGGACCCUCAGCAAGCCGGACAGAUGGAGACUCUAUCGGUUGUGGGUGGCACGUUACAGGUUAGAACUUUGCGCCAAAAUCCUAAAGAGUGAAGAGGGUUAUCAGAACGCAGUGGACAGAUUGGCUGAUGUAAAACGUGCAGAGAACCUCUGUCUCCUGAAGAAAGCCACGGUUAUUGGCAUGACAACAACAGGAGCAGCCAAGUUCCGUAAAGUUCUGCAGAAGGUGUGUCCUCGUCUGGUGAUUGUAGAAGAGGCUGCGGAGGUUCUCGAGGCCCACACCAUCACCACACUGAGCCAAGCAUGCCAACACCUCAUCCUCAUCGGAGACCAUCAGCAGCUGCGCCCCAGUGCCACAGUAUAUGAACUUGCUAAGAACUUCAACCUGGAGAUGUCCAUGUUUGAGAGGCUGGUGAACAUGGGACUUCCUUUUGUCAGACUUAACUACCAGCAUCGUAUGAGGCCAGAUAUUGCCCGUCUUCUUACCCCACACAUCUACGCAGAGCUAGAAAAUCAUCCCUCUGUGUUGGACUACGAAGAUAUUAAGGGCGUGAAUACCAAUUUAUUCUUUGUGGAGCACAACCACCUAGAAGAAGAGAUUAAAGAUGGAAAAAGCCAUCAGAACAAACAUGAGGCAAUGUUUGUAGUCUCUCUUUGCCGCUAUUUUAUCUAUCAGGACUAUAAACCAGAGCAAAUUACCAUCCUCACAACCUAUACCGGGCAGCUCCACUGCCUGCGCAAUCUCAUGCCUGCCAGCGAGUUCAACGGGGUCAAAGUGCAUGUAGUGGACAAGUACCAGGGAGAAGAGAAUGACAUUGUCUUGUUGUCUCUGGUUCGCAGCAACCGGCAGGGUAAAGUUGGCUUUUUGAACAUUCCCAAUCGAGUCUGUGUAGCUUUGUCUCGUUCCAAAAAAGGUCUGUACUGUAUUGGCAAUCAGUCAAUGCUGAGCAGAGUCGAACUGUGGAGCAACAUCUUCCACACCCUGAGGGAGAAGGACCAGGUUGGGAGUGCUCUGACCCUGUGCUGUCAGAAUCAUCCAGAUCGACAAAUAAAAGCCUCUUGUGCUGAUGAUUUCAAACAAGCCCCUGAGGGGGGCUGCACCAAGCCUUGUGAGUUCCGUUUGGAAUGUGGCCAUGUUUGCACACGUAUCUGCCACCCCUCCGACCCGGAGCACAAGAAGUACCUGUGUUUUAAAAACUGCCAGAAGAUUUUAUGUAAUCUAGGUCACAGGUGCACCCUUCUGUGCCAUGAAGAAUGCCCAGAGAAAUGUUCAGUGAAGGUUGAGAAGAUCAUACCCCAGUGUCAACACACUCAGAUGGUUCCUUGCCACGAGGACCCGCAGACAUUCACAUGCAAGGAGCCUUGCCAGAAGCUGCUUCCCUGUGGGCAUCCAUGUGAUUCAAUCUGUGGGGAACCAUGCACUAGUCAGUGCAAGGUGAAGGUCACCUUAAAACUAAAGUGUGGCCACAGCCAGCAAGAUGCAUGCUUUUACCAAACUCAGACAGAGCAGCCUGAAUGUAGGUCCCCUUGUAGGAAACAGCUAAAAUGUGGCCAUGCCUGUCGUGGUACCUGUGGCAAGUGUUUUCAGGGACGGUUUCAUUACCUGUGUUUUCACAAAUGUGACCGUCUCCUGAUUUGCUCUCACAAGUGCAGGGAGCCUUGCACUCGUGAUUGCCCCCCCUGUCGGGAACCAUGUGAGGAUUGCUGCGUGCACAGCAAGUGUAUGAAGUCAUGUGGACAGCCCUGUGCUCCGUGCAUUGAGCCCUGCGCUUGGCAGUGCCCUCACCAAAGCUGCAGUAAGCUUUGCUAUGAGCCAUGCGAUCGUCCGCCAUGCACACAACCCUGUGCCAAGACCCUGGAGUGCGGCCACCCAUGCAUUGGUCUGUGUGGAGACAAAUGUCCAAGCAAAUGUCGCAUCUGUAAUCACGAUGAGGUCACAGAGAUUUUCUUUGGCACUGAGGAUGAGCCUGAGGCUUUCUUCAUUCAGUUAGAGGACUGUGGACACAUCAUUGAAUACACAGCCAUGGACCAAUACAUGGGGAUGGAUGACAUCCAGCUGGCAAAUGGAGGAGAGCAGGUGGCCAUAAAACUAAAGGAAUGUCCAAAGUGUCGAACACCGAUCCGGAAGAAUCUACGCUAUGGAUCUCACAUCAAUCGCAGCCUGUCUGAAAUAGAGAUGGUAAAGGUGAAGCUACACGGACGUCAGGAGGAUAUUGAAGAGCACAGGAAGGCCCUUCAAAACCAGUGGGAGGACAACCUUCUCCUCCAUGAAAUGCAUCACCAAGAGGGCUAUAUGCGUAUCAAUGAUACACUGGAAAGAAAAAAUCUCACAGAAAAGCACCUGUGGGUCCUAGAAAACAAGAUGGACUUCCUAAUAAGGGUUGUAAAGCUGAAGAAGGCCCAAAGGGAAAACAUGUCAUCCAUGCUUAGCGGCAGAUUAGGAAAGUAUUUUAAGGAGUUUGAGCACUGGGUCAACAAUUGGCAACAAAAAUUCACAGACCAGCAGGUCUUUGAUUUGCAGAGAGAACUCCGGAGAAUCACCCUCUUGACUGAACUCAACGCCCAUUGCCAUAUGGCAGAGAUGCGAGGACAAAGUGACAAAAUCAUUUCCGAGGUACAAACAAUUACCAAGGUUUUGGAAAAGUUUGGCCAAUUUACUGAACAAGACCAAUACGGAGUAGAAGAAGCCAUGAAGGAACUAGACAAAAAGGUUCCCCUCACAGGCUUAGGGAUCAAUGAAGAGGAGAGAAAGAUGAUUGUCUCGACUAUGGGAAUGCGACCUGGACACUGGUACAAAUGUCCCAAUGGCCAUGUCUAUCUUAUAGACGACUGUGGAGGGGCUAUGGUGAGUCGACGCUGCCCUGAUUGUGAAGCUACUAUUGGGGGGGGCAAUCACAGAUUGGCAAGUGGCAACCAAGUAGCCUCAGAGAUGGAUGGGGCACAGCAACCUGCUUGGCCAUCUUAGAGA